UUGUGUGUUUUCACGUCUGGUGUGGUUGGAGGUAGGAGAAGCCCCCGCGGGUUUGGGACGGACAGUAAUCCUGGUUUUGAGGCUUGCGAGUCCAGAGAAGGAGGAGAGCACUUUGGGGCUCCGGGCGCAGAGGGUAACAAGAUGCAGUUUCUUGGAGGAAAUCGGAGGAAACUGAGGUUGGCAGAUGACCAGAGGAAUGCUUGCUACCCACAUAGCCUUCAGUUUUACUUGCAGCCGCCUUCUGGAAACAUAUCUUUAAUAGAAUUUGAAAACUUGGCUAUCGAUAGAGUUAAAUUGCUAAAAGCAGUCGAGAAUCUUGGUGUGAGCUAUGUGAAAGGAAGUGAGCAGUACCAGAGUAAGCUAGAGAUCGAGCUUCGGAAGCUUAAGUUUUCCUACAGAGAAAACUUGGAAGAUGAAUAUGAACCCCGAAGAAGAGAUCACAUUUCUCACUUUAUUUUACGCCUUGCUUACUGCCAGUCUGAAGAGCUUAGGCGCUGGUUCAUUCAACAGGAAAUGGAUCUCCUUCGAUUUCGAUUCAGUAUUUUACCCAAGGACAAAAUUCAGAGUUUCUUAAAGGAUAGCCAUUUGCAGUUUGAGGCUAUAAGUGAUGAAGAGAAGACUCUCCGAGAACAGGAUAUUAUGGCUUCAUCACACAGUUUAGGUGGUGUUCAGUUGGAGCUGGAGUCAGUUUAUAAGAUCCCUUUUGCUGAUGCUCUGGAUUUGUUCCGAGGAAGGAAAGUCUAUUUGGAAAAUGGCUUUGCUUAUGUACCACUCAAGGACAUUGUGGCUAUCAUCCUAAAUGAAUUUAGAACCAAACUGUCCAAGGCUUUGGCUAAAAUACAGAAAAAUGCCAGUAAGAAAAUUAAAGUUACUUAUAAUCCCAUCAUUAUAGAAAUAACCACAAUUUACAUUCUGUUAACAGCCAGGUCCUUGCCCGCUGUGCAGUCGGAUGAGAGACUCCAGCCUCUGCUCAACCACCUCAGUCAUUCGUACACUGGUCAAGACUACAGUACACAGGGAAAUGUUGGGAAGGUUUCUUUAGAUCAGAUCGAUUCGCUUUCUACGAAAUCCUUCCCACCUUGCAUGCGUCAGCUACAUAAAGCCCUGCGGGAAAAUCACCAUCUUCGUCAUGGGGGCCGCAUGCAGUACGGCCUCUUCCUGAAGGGCAUUGGCCUAACCUUGGAACAGGCAUUGCAGUUCUGGAAGCAGGAAUUUAUCAGAGGAAAGAUGGAUCCAGACAAGUUUGAUAAAGGCUACUCUUACAAUAUCCGUCAUAGCUUUGGAAAGGAAGGCAAGAGGACAGACUAUACGCCUUACAGUUGCCUGAAGAUUAUCCUAACCAAUCCACCAAGCCAAGGGGAUUAUCAUGGGUGCCCCUUCCGGCACAGCGAUCCCGAGCUGCUGAGACAGAAGCUGCAGGCGUACAAGAUCCCUCCCUCAGGGAUCAACCAGAUUUUGGAUUUAGUAAAAGGGAUACAUUACCAGGUAGCCUGUCAGAAGUUCUUCGAGAUGACACAUAAUGUAGAUGAUUGUGGCUUUUCUUUGAGUCAUCCAAACCAGUUCUUUUUUGAGAGCCAGCGGAUCCUCAGUGGAGGUAAAGACGUCAAGAAGGAAUCUGUCCAGCCAGAAACGCCCCAACCCAAACCGAGUGUCCAGAGAAGCAAGGAUGUGUCAUCUGCUCUGGCCUCGCUCAACUCCUCUCUGGAAAUGGAUCUGGAGGGACUGGAGGAGUUGCUUCAGUGAACGAUUCCUGGGCAGUUGGUAGCCUGUCUUCCUCACUGGUUUUUAUUUCCUACUUUACAAUUUUAUCUUUUUCUUUUUUGUCUGCCUUCUCCCUCCACCCGACCCCCUUUCAUCCAUCCGCACGUGCACGCGCUUCACGGGAAGGCCACCUUGCAGGUAAAAACAAAGACCUCCGGUAUAUUUUGCUUUGACAAAAGAGAAGAGGAAGAAUUUCUUUUGAAAUCUAACGCUUGAAUGGUGUGAUUUAAGUCCCGUUUUAGGAGAUAAAACAGCUUUCUGGACUGGUUACAGUCCCCUAGAAACAGUACGACUAAGAACAGCUUUUAUUUUAACACUUACCACUGUAAUGUUGACCCAGGCCUUUUCUAGACCAUUUUUGUUAAUAAAUAUCAAAAUGUAUAAUGAG